GUUUACAUAGAUAACAUUUUUGCCAUUACAGACACGUUGGAUUUUUAUAUAUGUAAAUAUUUUUAUCUUUAUUGCGCUGUUGUGAUAACUUAACUAUGAACACGCCUGUGAUGACUAAACAAUGGUGUCUAGGUAGGCGGCUCACUAGAUUUUGAGACGCAGUCCUAGUUCAGCAUGCACACCGAAGGCAGAUGAGCGCUUGUGCUAAAACAAUUCAGUCCACUCUACCUUUUAGCCUGCUGUCAGUAAACAGUCUGGGGGACACUGAUGGUUUUAUACAGAAUAAGUCAAUUAUGUGAAGCAUAUAAAUAUUAAUACUGGAAUUACAGUGCUUCAUAUAGUUAAAUCUUGAUGAAUGGAUCGCUGAUUAAUAGCUCUAGUGGCUAGCCUGUUAGCUUACCGGUGUACUGUACUACUGUGACCGACGACGCUCAACUUCCUGUAGGCGUGAGAAUCACGAAAGACCGCAGUCUCGCGGGCCUCUUCGGGGCUUGUGUUUUGAUUGUAACUAGCGGCUCUGGUAAACUUAAGCAGAAUGGCAGACACUGCCAGUCUUCAGUUUGUGAGCCCAUAUGCAUUUGAGGCCAUGCAGAAGGUAGAUGUGGCCAGACUAGCAGCUUUAAGUGACCCAGAGCUGCGGCUCCUGCUGCCCUGUCUGGUGAGGAUGGCUCUAUGCGCCCCUGCGGAUCAGAGUAACGCCUGGGCACAGGACAAAAAGCUCAUCCUGCGACUGCUGUCAGGCGUGGAGGCGGUAAACUCCAUCGUUGCACUGCUAUCUGUGGAUUUCCAUGCUCUGGAGCAGGAUGCUAGAAAAGAGCAGCAGCUAAGGCAUAAGGCUGGAGGCUCUAAUGGUGAGAGCAUCCUGGUCUCUCAGCUGCAGCAUGGUUUGACUCUGGAGUUUGAACACAGUGAUCCUCUCAGGAGACUCAGACUGGCUCUCAGUGAGCUGCUGGCCAUUAUGAACAAGGUGGCUGACUCUAAUGGAGAGUUUUUCCUCAAGUCUUCUGAGCUGUUUGAGAGUCCUGUAUACCUGGAGGAAGUGGCAGAUGUUCUUUGCAUCCUACAAGCAGAGCUGCCUUCUUUACUGCCUAUCAUUGAGGUAGCCGAGGCCCUGCUUCACGUGAGGAACGGAGAGUGGUUCCUGUGCCUGCUGGUGGCAAAUGUCCCAGACAGCUUCAGUGAGGUGUGCAGGGGAUUGAUAAAAAACGGAGAACGGCAGGAUGAGGAGAGCGUGGGUGGGCGGCGCAGGACAGAAGCUCUCCGGCAGCUGUGUCAGAUGAACCCUUCUCAGGCUCUGAACAUCAGGGCCAUGGUGGUGGAAGAGUGUCAUCUUCCAGGUCUGGGCGUUGCUUUAACGCUGGACUAUAAGCCAGACAUGGCGGAUGAGGCGGUCAGUCCUCUUGUGUCAUAUGUCAGUGGCCUGCUUCUGGGAACCAAUGGAAAAGUGCGUACUUGGUUCAGUAUGUUCAUUCGCAACGGUCAGCAGAGGAAAAGAGAGAGCAGCUCAGUGCUGUGGCAGAUGCGGAGGCAGCUGCUGUUGGAGCUGGUGGCCAUCUUACCCCGUUCGCGCAGUACCCACGUUCCCAACGACAGUGACAUGGACUCUGAGAGCAGCUCGGGGUACUCUGGUCUGCGAGAGGAGCAUGUGGUGAAGGCCAGCGCGCUGCUGCGGCUCUAUUGUGCACUUAUGGGGAUUGCUGGUCUUAGGCCCACAGAUGAAGAGGCGGAGCAACUGUUGCAGUUGAUGACCAGUCGUCCACCAGCCACGCCUGCAGGAGUGCGCUUUGUCUCCUUGUCCUUCUGCAAACUGCUGGCGUUCCCUACCCUUGUCAGUACUCCAGAACAGGAGCAACUGAUGGUAAUGUGGCUCAGCUGGAUGAUAAAAGAGGAGGAGUAUUUUGAGAGUGCCGCCGGUGUCUCGGCCUCUUUUGGAGAGAUGCUAUUACUGGUUGCCAUGUAUUUCCAUAGCAACCAGCUUAGUGCCAUCAUCGAGCUGGUUUGCUCCACCCUUGGGAUGAAGAUCGCCAUCAAACCCAGUUCGCUGAGCAAAAUGAAGACCAUUUUCACUCAGGAAAUCUUCACAGAACAGGUGGUCACGGCACAUGCCGUGCGAGUGGCCGUUACUAAUAACCUCAGUGCCAACAUCACAGGAUUCCUCCCCAUCCACUGCAUAUACCAGCUCCUGAGGAGCAGAGCCUUCACCAAACACAAAGUGUCCAUAAAGGACUGGAUCUUCAGACAGCUGUGCGAGACGACUACUCCACUCCACACUCAGCUGCUUCCAUUAAUUGAUGUUUACAUUAACUCCAUCCUGACCCCUGCUUCCAAGACCAACCCUGAGGCCACCAACCAGCCAAUCACAGAGCAGGAGAUCCUCAAUGUUUUCCAGGGCUUGGCAGGGGGAGAUGGAGGGAAAGUUCGUUCACAGUACACCAUCACCACCCAGUUGCUCAUUCUCUAUUACAUCCUGUCGUAUGAGGAAGCUCUGCUUGCUAAUACAAAGACGUUGGCACUUAUGCAGAAGAAACCAAAAUCCUACUCUCCUGCCCUCAUGGACCAGAUUCCCAUUAAACACCUCAUCCGCCAGGCCCAAGGACUGCAGCAGGAGCUAGGAGGCCUACAUUCUGCUCUUCUGCGUCUACUGGCCACAAACUAUCCUCACCUGUGCAUGGUGGAGGACUGGAUCAGUGAAGAGGAAGUGACUGGUACUCUGCCUUUACUGAGGAAGAUGUUGCUGACAUCCUCAUCCUGCAAAUACUCACAGAUACAACUACGAGAAGCUUUCCAGAAUGUUCUCUCCGGUGGGCUCAGGCUGCUGCGUAUCCUGGAGCACCUGACGCUGCUCUCUGCGGGAGACCUGAUCCCAUACGCAGAGGCUCUGACUGCCAGCAUGGGGCUGCUCUUAGAGGACGGCGUGUCUCGCAGGAUCCUACAGACUGUUAACAAACUCUGGAUGGUACUUAAUACAGUCAUGCCACGCAAGCUGUGGGUGAUGACAGUAAAUGCUCUGCAGCCUUCAGUAAAGCUGCUGCGACAACAGAGAUACACUCAGAACGAUCUGAUGGUGGAUCCUCUCAUCGUCCUGCGCUGCGACUCCAGAGUCUUCAGGUGUCCUCCACUAAUGGACAUCACUCUUCACAUGCUGAACGGGUACUUGUUGGCAUCUAAGGCCUACCUGAACGCCCACCUGAAAGAGACUGCUGAAUUUGAGCGACAGGCUCAGACCGUAUCAAACCUUGGGCUCAGUGGCCAACCUGACACACCUGAGGUCACCAGAGAGGAGCUGAAGAAUGCUCUGCUGGCUGCUCAGGACAGUGCAGCGGUACAGAUCUUGCUGGAGGUGUGUUUGCCGUCCCCUCAGGAGGAGCUGCAGCUGGGAGGAGGUGGAGGAGCAGACAGCCUGUUGAGGAGCGUUCAGUCUGCUCCAGGUAUUCCCAUGCGGAAGCAGGUGGGCGACACGGGGACUGGGCGGGGGGCCCAGGGGGAGCGCGAGGCAGAGGGCGGGCUGCUCAGUGACCUGAGGGAGGUGCAAUGUCUCAUCUGCUGCCUGCUGCACCAAAUGUUCAUCGCAGACCCCAACAUUGCCAAACUAGUACACUUCCAGGGUUAUCCGCAGGCUUUGCUCCCUCUGACGGUAGCAGGAAUUCCUUCCAUGCACAUCUGUCUAGACUUUAUCCCAGAACUCCUCGCUCAGCCGCAGCUAGAGAAACAGAUCUUCGCCAUACAGCUGUUGUCCCAUCUGUGCACCCAGUACGCCCUGCCCAAGUCCCUCAGCGUGGCACGUCUAGCCAUUAGUGUGAUGGGUACCCUCCUCACAGUGCUGACCCGCGCCAAGCGCUUUGCAUUUUUCAUGCCGACGCUGCCAUGCCUGGUUUCGUUCUGCAAGGCUUUCCCCCCACUCUUUGAUGAUGUCAUGUCCCUGUUGGUUCAGGUGGGACAGGUGUCCGCUGCUGAUGUCACCACAAAGGCCAGGGAUAUUGACCCUCUCAUCGCCAGGCUCCAGUAUCUGAGAGAGAAGCCACAGGAAAUACCGCUAUCAGAACCCAAAUACUCUCUACGCAAGAGGUCUGCAGAAGAGCUGGGUGGAGCCGAUCCUGAUGUACAGCUGUGCUAUCAAAUAGAGGCCACCUUCAUGGACAUCAUCAGCUCCAGCACACAGGCACUGUGACAACACAAACAGAAUAGAAAUGUUAAUAGGACUAUGCAUAGACUGAGUCCCAUGGAAAGGUUCAAAGGCUCAUGUUACAGGACUCUGGGAUGCAGAACAUGCAAAGCAGUAUAAUGAUAGAUGACUUACAGCUGUUGGAUUAGUGCUGGGACCAUUUGAGUUUAAACUCAGUCCAUUUAAAACACUGAACAUGAAUUUUCUCCAUUUUGGCAUCCCAAUACCACAAGUUAUGAAAACAUCUGGAUUGAAGGUAACGAAAGAAAUUCUAAUUUGAUAUAGUUUUACGUAAACUGCACUUAUAUGGUAUAUAUGAACAGUCAAAUCACGGGGUACCAUUUUUCAAAACAAAGGACAAGACGUACUGAAAGAUAAAUAUACAGAUUGCAAUUCCAUAUUCUGUUGCCAGCGAAACCACCAUCCAUAUUUGACUCAAAAUAACGUUUGCCUUUCCAGGAGGCAUCUUUUAAGACUUAAGUGAAUUGGACAUGCAUUCUCCGGCCUGUCUUGAAGAAUUGGAGUAAUUCUGGUCACAAAGAAACUCGCUGUAGAAGUAGUAGACAUUUUCUAAAUAGCGUGUUAGUUGAAUGUGUAUUUGAGUGUGUGACGAAAUGUGUGUCCAGGGCACUUAACAGUGAUAUUAUUGGUCUGUUUUCUAGACCACCAUGAUUUAAAAGAAGCUCAAAUUCACCUUUUCUUAAAGCCUGGCGUCUGAAUUUUGUUUUGUAUACAUGUCAGUCUUACGUUUUGAACAUUUGUAUUAAAACAUCUUUUUGGAAACUC